AUGAACGCUCGGGUUGUCGUAUCCCAGACGCCUCCGCAUCUGGAUUCGGAGAGUGUAGCAUCAUCAGCUCAAACAUCGACUUCACACAUGCCGCUGCAUCACUACCCAGAAGACCAGCAGUAUCAGCCCUACACAGACCGCGUAGAGGACGAUGACCCGCCUCCUAGCUACACCGUAGUCGAUAAUGAGGGUCCUCACGCCAACCCCUUUGACCUCUUGCCCGUGAGCACCUCAUCCCUUGGGCUGCAUCCCUUCAAGGGCACGUCAAACGACAAGACGGUCUGCUAUCUCGACAAGCGUCUUGAUACCGACCCUGAAUUCCUGGAGCAGCACGUCAAUGACCUCGCCAAGGAGCCGCCCAGACCGUAUGUUCGCGUUCAGGGCGUUGACCGCAAGUCUGGCGAGAGCAAGAACGGCAUUGACUUUGACAUCCACAUCGAACUCACCCCGCUUCUGUACCAGGAAAUGGCUACGCGUCGCUCGUGGAGACGUAUACGCGCUGUCAACAACUUUGACAAAGUGCGACGUGGAACCGCCAAAAUGACCCGGGCACCUGGAUUUGGCGGCAGCGGACCACCCGAGGAGGGUACACCAGGAGUAUCGCAGUGGUGUUAUCGAUACUGCACUAAAAAGGCUGGCCUUAAAGCGUUUGUGCUGGAGCGACGCAUCACGGGGUGGGAUUUUGCACUCGUGGGGUCAAGAUUGGAGAAUCUCGUGCGAGACACGGGAUAUCGUGGAGAGAUCAACAUUACGUUUCCUACGACGAAUGCCCGCGUGGAGAUUUACAACUAUUGUCGCACCAACCGAUGGCGUCUCACCCGAUGGAUAGUCCUGUUCUUCUACUUUACUCUCCUGUGGUUAUUUACCUGGCCAUGGAUAUCUCUCCGAACACGAUGGUACGAAACCGUCUACGUGGAAUGGUCCAUGAGUCGCCCUGACAGACAGGGCACGCUGCGCUAUGCAUGUAUGAGUGAGGAUCAGUGGUGUCGACUCUGGCGACGACCGAUACAGCAGGCCAUCAAGGCGAGACGUCGAGGUCGAUUAAGCCAGGAUGAUAUCGACGACGCAUGUAUUGCUCCUGGGGCUGAGGACUCUGCGAGGGGUAUGAGAGCUGGGUUCAAGGUUUUGCAGAGGACGUUUGGAUGGGGAGGGGAUGAGGAGAGUAGCGGACGACAUUCGCCGCGCAAUAGGUAG